AUGUCGGCCAGCGCAUCAGAGACGGCAUCAACGACGAUGCCUCCAGAGACGUCCGAACAGUUUCCAGCAGCUUCCUCGUCUAGCAGUGCUCAUGAGGGCGACGAGAAGAAGAGAGAGCACAAUUUCAACGAGCAGACCUUUUACGUGCCGCGCAAGCAGAUCGUCGCCAUCUUUCUCACUCUCGGGCUCAUCGACUUGAUCGCGUUGAUGGACCAGACUACGCUUGCUGCCUCGUUGCCCAUCAUCGGCGAGAAGCUACAUGCUGGAUCGCAGACCAGCCUGAUCUCUUCUGCCUACUUUAUCACCUCGACCGCGUUCCAGCUCCUCUAUGGCCGCAUCUCGGAUAUUGUGGGGCGCAAACCUCUCUUGCUUGCACUCCUCGCACUCUUUUUCGUCGGAUCGCUGGGCUCCUCCCUCGCCGAUACAUACGCCAUACUGAUCCUCUUCCGUGCCAUCGUCGGUAUAGCAGGCGGUGGCAUCAUGACCGUGGCCCAGAUCAUUGUCUCGGACGUGGUCUCCCUUCGAGAGCGAGGCAAGUAUCAAGGCAUUCUCGGAGCACUCGUGGCCGUUGCGAACGGCAUAGGACCCGUCGUCGGCGGCGCGCUGACUACGCGGACCGAGAACACCGGAGGCUGGCGUAACAUUUUCCGCCUCAGUCUUCCCACCUCGGCGGCCGGCAUUAUCGGCGUCCUCAUCUUUAUGCCUCUGAAAAAGGUCGAUGGUGACUGGAGAGCCAAGGCACGCGCGAUCGACUACCUCGGCGCGUUUCUCUCCCUCGCCGCUUCCACAUUAAUCGUGCUCGGAUUCACCUGGGCUGGCGGAAGGUACGAGUGGACCUCCGUCCAAGUUCUGGCCCCGCUCUUUGUCGGCCUCGCCACCGCCAUCCUCUUCUGUCUUUGGCAGUACAAGGGAGACAAGCCCUCGCGCCCCGCUCUCAUGCCCCUAUACAUGUUUACAAAUGCAACCGUCUGCGGUGCCUGCAUUACACAAUUCAUCAACGGCUGGCUCUUUGUGAGUCAGGUCUACAUGAUACCACAGUUCUACCAGGCCGUAUACGGCUACGACGCCACAAAGGCCGGACUCAUGCUCAUCCCCCUGACCGUAUCCCAGACCAUCACGUCGACCAUAUCGGGCCUCUUGAUCACCUGGACCGGUCGCUACCGAGAGCUGCUCCUCUUGGGAUGGACUCUUUGGCCGACAGGUCUAGGGCUGGUUUCAACGCUCAACCAGCACUCGGGCAUGGCCAAGCAGAUCGGAUUCUCUCUUUUGACGGGCGUGGGCGUCGGAUUGACGCUGCAACCAUCUCUGAUCGCCAUUCAAGGCGCGGUACCACGCAAAACGAUGGCGGUGGUGACCGCGACACGCAACUUUGUACGAAACCUCGGUGGCGCGAUCGGCCUCGCCCUCUGCGGUACUGUCGUUUCUUUGUACCUGCGAUCCGAGCCGAACGAUCCCCUGCGAGCAAAUCAGCGCGGCUUUCGUACCGUUUUUCUCAUCCUAGCCAGCCUCGGGGCCGCAGGAUUGGUCGCCGCCGCGCUGCUUCUUAAGCAGUCGAGCGUCGAAAGACACGACGAUGAGCUGCUACGCCAGCAGGCCAAGCAUGAACUUCAACAGAGGAAAUAA